UCUCUGCAGCGGAUGUAAAGCAGCCCGAGGUCAAAGGUCAAAGACUCCGAUUCUCCCAGCUACAUUUGAACCCAGAAGCCAUUAAACAGGUACAUAUGGGGGAGGUUCCAGCUCGAGGCUCGGCCAUGGAGGGGGACUGCCUCAGCUGUAUGAAGUACCUCAUGUUCAUCUUCAACUUCUUCAUCUUUCUGGGGGGCUCCUUCCUGCUGGGUGUGGGCGUCUGGGUGCUGGUGGACCCGAUGGGCUUCAGGGACAUCGUGGCGGCCAACCCGCUGCUGUUCACCGGCGUCUACGUCAUCCUGGCCCUGGGCAGCAUGCUCUUCCUGCUGGGCUUCCUGGGCUGCUGCGGAGCCAUCCGGGAGAACAAGUGUCUCCUGCUCUUUUUCUUCAUGCUCAUCCUCUUCAUCUUCCUCGCCGAGCUGGCAGCUGCCAUCCUGGCGUUCCUCUUCAGGGAACACUUAACCAGAGAGUAUUUCAGCAGGGAGCUGAAGCGCCACUACAUAGGAAACAACAACACCGACGUCUUCACAUCCACGUGGGACGCCAUCAUGACCACGUUCGACUGCUGUGGCGUAAGUGGCCCCGAGGACUUCAAGGAGAGCCUCUUCAGGCUCCUCAGCCCCAGUAAGAUGGUCCCCGAGGCCGUUGCCGAGGAACAGUUACCCUGGAGACGUCAGCGUGGAGCAGUGCGUGGAGCGCAGCAUGGUCUUCAGACACACAAGGGCUGCUACUCUGCCGUGGUGGACUACUUUGAGACGUACAUUUACACAGCGGGCGCUCUGGCCAUCGUGGUGCUGACAAUUGAACUCUUCGCCAUGGUGUUCGCCAUGUGUCUGUUCAGAGGCAUCCAGUAACCGCUGCGUCGGCACGCACCAUCCCCGGCCGUCAGACAGGCACAAGCAGAAGGAAAAACUGUAAAAUAUGGAAUGUAUUUUGUACAGUGAAAGUUCACGUGUCUCAUUGGUUUUGUGACAUCAUUUUGUACUUUGCAGCAACAGCGGGGCGUUUGAGGUUGUUGCUAUAGACAUAGGAAGUAAUCCGCCACCUGAGGAUCAGGUUCUGUGCUCUCCGCUCUGUUUUUCUCAAAAGUUUAGGAUUACCACUGGUGCUAAGUCAGGUUCUUCAAGCUAAACACUGAGAGCAGACCCAUUACUGGUGGCCACUUCCGUCCAGGACCAGUCUGUGUCCGGGUCCCAAAGCUGGAAACACUCAAUCUAUCGCCCGAUUAUAACGUCGAUGUGGCCGUGAUGAUUGAUUUUUAGGAUCUUGGAGAGUCUGCACAACACAGUUCAGGUACAACAAGCUCCUGUUAUCCCACAGCGAGCCUCAGAGCAGACAAAGCUGUCAGGGUUACAACAGAAAGGUGAAUCAACAGCAACGUAAGAACGUUUUUAUGUAAAUAAUAAAUGUUCUUCCUUAAAAUACAGGGGGCAUAAGUAUACACCCCCCUAUGUUAAAAUACGGGGGCAAAGUAUACACCCCCCUUUUUUAAAUACAGGGGGCUAUAAGUAUACACCCCCCUAUGUUAAAAUACAGGGGCAUAAGUAUACACCCCCCUAGGUUAAAAUACAGGGCAUAAGUAUACAC